AUGCGACUCUCCGCGAGCGGAAGCGGGGAUUUCGCCUUUUUGGCCUCCGCCUACAGCGACAAGUCGUCUUCCUCGAAGGUGGUUGCAUCUCGCUUGAGGAGUGUUUUGACGCCGUGCAAGGAUGCGACGGCGCUGGAGGGCCUUUUGGAUUACUUCGGCCCCUAUGUUAUCGAUAACACGCUGAGAGGCCUGCUGUCUAGGAUCAACAACUCUCAAAAAUCGCACCGGGAUUCGAUUCUGAAUGUUACGUGGUUGGCCGAUUCGGGUGUUGCGCCUGAACACGCGUCUCAAGGUUCGUUGACUUCAGUUGAUGAUCUCGGAAUUUCUGACGCCAGCCCGCCGGGCGAAGAUGAAACCUUUGCAUCACAGUCGGUUUUGUCGGAUGACUCUGACGAGCCCAUUGUGCCUGCAUUGGACCGUAGUGUGGAUAGGGUUGUCCUGGUGGAGCCGGGCGUUGUCCCUCGUCGCGCACUGAGUCGUUUUCAAAGCGAGUUCCUGCUCGAGCAGCUGAAUCCGGUGCUGCUUCGGAGUUACAGGGGCGCAAACAGAGUGGCUCGUGGCAAUGACUCACGUGGCGAUUACACUACCAAUUUCUUCUCCAAAUAUGGGUCGUUUGAGGGCGCCGUUGUUGUACAUAGCAGCACGCGUGACAGUCGGUCGUCCAAUAGCUUGGGAUCGGCGCGGUCGGUUGCGUCAGGCAUCGAGUUCCUGGGGCAGCUAUGCACGCCCGAACUUUUCUCCCAGGUUUGCAGCGUGAAGGAGGGUGGCGCGUUGGUCGGCCGCUGCGAGGAGGACACGUUCUCCAACGAUUCAAUCAUCGCGAUGGCAUCGUUGAACGAUGACCUGAGCGACGAAGACCGAGCGCUAUUCGCUCCCCUAUGUAGAAUGAUACGUUACAUGCUCUUUUUUGUGGUGGAUUCGGCGAAUCAUGAGUUGCAGUGGCUACGCUCCUUCGAUGCUGUUGUAACUGACGUUGUGACCGCACUAGACAGGGUGGUGUCCGACAGCGCAGGCAUGUCGAAGACAAUAAAGAAUAAGUUACGGGAAUACAAUGCAGAGUAUACUUCGACGGUGGCUGCGUACGAUAAGGCGUUGGCUAAAUUCCAAAAAUUGGAAAAGGCGCUGGAAAGUAGUUGCGUUAGCCGCUCCUUCACAGGGGUCCCUGACCCUGCGUCAUCCUUCUACUGCACUUUCGAAGCGUGCCACAGCCACGAGCCGACGUUUUUAGAGACCCGGAAAGCGCACUGGGGCACUGUGCGCGACCUGCUGAGCUCCCGUAAGGACUUCGUGCGCUACACCAAUUACAUCGAACAGAUGUGCUUGACCCACAGCUUGCGCGAUAACCUGAUAAACGGCCGCGAGACAUACAUGCAUGGUCUCACUAGCGUGUUGUCAAUGUUCGCAAACCACUACCCGUGGGACGUUUUCGCGGUAGAGGCGCUGUGCGCGGAAAAAAUCACCGGCGUCUCGUCGCGUCUGUUGGCCGGGGCGUUUACGAAAUCGCGCUCUCUGGGCCUUUGCGAGGACACUUUGAUCAAGGUGCCUUGUGAUGGCACGGUAGAGUUGAGGUUCAGUCUGAACGUCGAGUCAGCCAGCAUGAAGGACACCCUUCACUCGGUGGUGGUGGAUUCUUUCGACAGCAUGCGCACCUUGUCGAAGAAGUUAUCGCAGCUUCACAGAUCGCAGAUGGAGCGUUUUUCUCGGUUCACUUCGCGCUAUCCGCUGAAGUUGUGUGGUACCGAUUUGGUAGCCAUGUUCAAGUCGUACAACAAGUACCACAAACAUUUGAGCACCCAAUGGUUGUCGUUCUCUUCGACCGUAGGCGCGGUAUUCCCCAAGCAUGUGUCUAACUUAAGGAGAGCCAAGGAGCACUCACAGCCCGUUCUUGGCGAGUUCCUCGAGUUGAAAAUGCCUUUGCGUCUGUUUGGCGCCAUUCUGCACCACUUUCGUCUCAUUUGCGAUACAGCCAUUGCGCAUUCGUUGAAGGUUUGCUCUGAAGCUAUGGUGGUUUGCGGAUCAUCACUGGAAUGGCCUAGCGUCGUAACAGCGUUGGCUGCAAGCGGCAACAUGGAUGCACAGCAGCUACAGGAGGCUAUAGAAGAGCUGCAGUCGGACGACUGCUGCACCACCGACGAUCUCGAUCAAACUACUUGUGGUGCUGAAGAUGCUAAAACGGCCGUUAAUCCGCCUAUUAGCGGCAAAGAACGCGACGAGCCCGUGGUUGAAUUGCAGGGUGAAAUCGCGCCUUGCGAGAGCAGCAUUGCCGCCAGCAAGCUGCUGUCGGUCAACGAGAUGCUUGCUGAGGCUUUAGUCGACUACGAGGAGCCUAACUACGACUUUCGAUUCAAAUGCGGCGAUGCGAUACACGUGCUCAUUGCCGGCAACACUCCGUUGUGGUUCGGGCAUGCGUCUGCCGGGGUCAACCGGUGGUUCCCGGCUAAGUUCGUGCAGGUGCUGUGGGAGCGCGACGUGCCGUUGUUUCGGCGUGCCGAUCUGGAGUGUGAGACCCACUUGGAUGUCUAUCGCGUCUACAAGGGAGAAGACAACCAAGCCGUUCGUCGUCAGGACACAGGCAUAACUCUGACGUCGAAAUCCACUCUUAAACAGGCGAUGUUGCUGUCCAAGUUGGGUCUGGAUGGCAAGGUUUUGCACGAGUUCAAGUGCGCGUUGUGUCGCAAGAUCGUGCUGAGUGGCACUCUCUACCUGACCAAGACGCAUUUGGGCUUCGUUUCGAACUUCAACGACGCGACGCUCUUCGGCAUGCAAACCACGCUUACAGUUCCUCUGUGCGAAAUCUUGGAGUGCGAUUUGAAUUCGCCUAGAUCGAUCUCCUUUUACGUUCGCAUCCUGCUACGUAAUGGCGAUAGUCACAUGUUCCACUCCGUGAUCAACGCGCGCCGCAUUCGUGACGUAAUUCUGGAGACGAUCCAGGAGAAGGACGUUGACGAACCGACUGCCCAAUUUGCAGAGGAUGCUGAGUGCUACUCGGAAUCAUUGAAGAGCAUGUUUGGGGGCCUUGCGCCCCUAUCCAAAAGCGCCCCUUCUACGCAGCUGGAAAUGAGUCUGCAGGACUUCUUUGUCAAGACGAUGCGGGACAAUGUGACUCCGGGCAGCAUAAUCGCGGACACGCGUCUGUCACACAACGCGUUCGAUUUCAGCGGUACGUUGGAACCGGUCGACUUUGACUGGCAUGCUGGCGGCGUGCAGUUCCGUGAGCGGCGCGUUUGCUACAGCUUCAGGCUGAAAGAGACCAAAUACACCGCCCUGCUGGUGCGCAAUUCGUGCGGAAAGGCCCGGGAAGAGCUGAAGUACGCGCUAGUGAACAAGACUAAGCUCUUGUACGAGAGUGCCACCUACACUUCCGACAUCCCGUACUCGAAGUACUUCUACACGCUCCUCCGCAUCACGGCAACUGCUGUUUCGCCCACUUCCAUCAUCGUAAAGGCGGAGUACGACGUGAAAUUCGUAAAAAGUACGAUGUUCUCCUCGGUUAUAAGCGCAGAGGCCUACGACCGCCUGGCCAACUCGGCAAAGCUGGUGCUGACGGCGGGGGACCAGUCACCAGUCAAGCUCGUAUCCGCCUGUGACGAGGAGACCGCUGUCUCGCCGCGCAAGAGCGAAUUCAUCAACAACGGCAUUCGUUCGCUGAUGUGCAUUUGCGUGCUCUUUCUGGGCAUCUACACAAGUCUGCUCUCCGGCUGGAGGUGA